UAACGCUACUUAGGCGACGGGUUCGGUCUGCAGCGGUGGUUAGAUUUGUAAUAUUUACACUAACUUCUGUAUAUAUACAUGCAUAGAUGCAUUGAUGCAUAUGAUUCAAACGUUAUGAUUUAAGUCGAGGGGAGUUGGAUUUUAUACAAGAAAUAUUCACAAAUGGAAUUUGGAAAAGCAGAGUUCAUUCACAACAGAACAAUUUGCUCUUUAAGCUAUGCAAAUUCAGUUUUAUCGGUUACAUGUCGCAAAAAACUUAAUGUUUUUAAUCCCCCAAAACCAGUUUCCCAACUUCAUAGAUCAAUAUCUAUUCUCGAUAUUAUUUCUGUCACUUGGGCUCCAGCAGAAUGGAAAGCAAACGAAAAAGCCUACCUAACAAAAAGUGAAAAAUCGUCCCUAGAUUUAGGAUGCUUUCUGCUGGUACUAAAUGUUGUCACAAAAACAAGAGAUCAUAAAUGGCGGAUGGUGACCUUGAAAUUUCGGAGUGCAGAGAAAACCUUAUGCACAGAGUGGGCACAUUUAAUUAACGCAAAGCUAGAAGAAGAGUUAUUGCAAAAAAGGUUUACGCGUCCUCAGAAUUUACUUAUAUUUGUUAACCCCUAUGGUGGAAGACAUAAAGCGCAAUUUAUAUAUAACACAACUGUUGAACCUAUCUUUAACCUUGCCAAUAUCAAGCAAACUGUGGUGGUUACUGAGUACCGCAACCAUGCUAAGCAGUAUGUUGAAACAGAGGACAUUUCAAAUUACGAUGGGAUCAUUGCUGUAGGGGGUGAUGGUAUGUUUAAUGAAAUCGCAAACGGGAUUUUGCUUCGUACACAGCGAGAAAAUGAGAUUCCUGUUCAAGCUUCGAGCUGUAAUACCCCGUGCUACAAAACUCCAAAGUAUAAACUCGGAGUUAUACCAGCGGGCUCGACUGAUUGCAUGAGUUACGUUUCGCAGGGGAUUAAUGAUCCUGAGACCUCUGCACUUCAUAUUGUGGUUGGGGAUAACCACCCACUUGAUAUGUGCUCAAUAUAUGAUGAUUCAGGAAGUUUUAUCCGAUUUUCUUUCUCCAUGACAUCAUACGGCUACUACGGCAACGUUCUCCGAAAAAGUGAGCGCCUCAGAAGUUUGGGACCGAGCAGAUACGACUUUGCUGGUGUCCAAACCUUCCUAAAUAAACAUGUUUAUUCCAGUGAAAUCCAGUUCCUACCGAGCUCAACCAAAUCUCAGGCUACAGAUAUUAGAAAAUGUCGAUUUCCUUGUGAAAUUUGUACCAACGAUAUAAAACCCCCUACUAUUACAACAAGCGUUGCAUUUGAUUCUGCAGCCCCUAUCAGUUCCAUUUCAGGAGGAGACAUACCUGACCUAAAUGUCGCAAUGCCGGAUUUCCAAUUACCAUCUAGUAUGCACAGUCCAUUAAGUGAACUCACAGUUCCAAAUAUGAAAAGAGAUCUUUCUGUUGACUCGGAACUUCCAAGUCCUUUCUCCGAUGCAUCGACUGUCCCAUUUCCUGGAACAUCUGACAACAGCGGCACCGAGAGUACUACAUCAUUGGAUAAGAAAGAUAAUAUGGUGUAUAAAAGUGAUGAUAAUAGAGGAUGGAAAGUUGUGCGAGGCAACUUUAUUAUGGUGAACUCAGCAAUGAUGUCUUGUGCAUGUGCGAGGUCACCACAAGGUCUUUCACCAUCCGCUCAUCUUGCUGAUGGAAACAUGGACCUUAUAUUAGUAAGCGACUGUUCCAGAGCUAAUUUCAUUAAAUAUAUGCUCAGUCAUGUUGGGAAAGCAGACCGAUUCGACUUCCCUUUCGUGGAAGUACAUAGAGUGAAAGCAUUUAAACAUAAAUCGCUUAAGAAAAGAGAUGCAGUGCUUUUUCAUCGAAGAAAUUCAGUCUCCAGUGUCAGGAUGUCCGCUUCUGAAUCCAAUAACAUUACUGAGGCUUCUGCACCUAAUUCUGGCACUGAGAGCUGUUGGAAUACUGAUGGUGAAUUGAUUGACUCACCGAAUAUAUCUGUAUGGGUGCACACAGGUCUCAUUACACUAUAUGCUCGUGGUGUUGAAGAAAUUUAAGUUUUAUGUGAAAAAACGAACAUAUAGGAAAUGCUUUUAGUUCAAUCCUAAAGUAUUAUCUGCAGCAAAGAUAGAAAAUGUCCCUGCACUAUGCAGUAUUGUUGUAUAUGUGUUUGAAGAUCAUGUUCACAGUUGUACUAUAUGUGUGUGUUAUUUUAUGUUUCCACUGUGAAAGAUGGGACUGAGCACUUAUGUAAUGUAUUUUCCAGAUAACGCAAAUCAAAUGCAAAUAUUGUUUCGUCACUGUUGUAAUCAUUUUUAAACCAAUUUUAUCAAAAUUAAACCCAUAUGACCAGCCAUGUUUUACAUUCAACAUCAAAUUUAACUUUUAAUCAAGUUCUUUUACUUUGUAAGUAUAGUGUAUUGAUUGGACUACCUUAUAAAGUUACCAAGCCAUUCCAAGAAUGCUAGAGGUGCUUAUUAUAUGCUUAUACCAAACUUCUUUAUUACGCAAUCUUUCCUUUCAAAAGCUCAUUUCAAUGCAUUUUGAAUGUUAUUAUUCAGAAUAAACUUGUAUCCGUGUGCAG